GAAGACAAUUGCCGCAUUUGAUGCAGCCCUUCAAAACCUUGGCCUCACGUGUCCUUUCUUUCUCACUCAGAAUGAUGGCACCAUAAUAAGCUCCGCUUUGUGCAUGGAUUACCCCAUUUUGACAUUCUCUUCUGGAACUACAAACAGCAUGAGAGGAGCCACCCACCUCUCAGGUGUGAAAGAUGCUGUUGUAAUAGACAUCGGAGGAACAUCUACUGAUGUAGGGGUGAUAAAGAAUGGUUUCCCCACAGAAUCAUCGUCAUACGUCAAGAUAGCAGGGGUUCGGACAAACUUCAGGAUGCCAGAUGUAUUCAGCUUUGGACUUGGAGGUGGUUCAAAAGUGAAAGUGGACAAAGAGUUUGCCCAAGUAGGGCCUCAAAGUGUUGGCUAUAACCUCAAAUCAGAAGGUCUACUUUUCGGCGGUUCUAUAUUGACUGCCACUGACAUAGCUGUCGCCAAUGACCUUUUGACCCUUGGUGAUGUCACAAAGGUCAAGGCAACUGUUAAUGAUGUCACAGCCAAACAAUGUCUGGAUAAGAUACAUAGCAUGCUUGAGGACGCCAUUGAUCAAGUCAAGACUAGUGCUGAUGAUGUCACAGUUGUUCUAGUAGGAGGUGGCAGCGUACUAGUUGAUACAAACAGACAUAUACAGGGCUGUAAUAACAUCCUGAAACCCCCACAUUUCCAGGUGGCCAAUGCUAUUGGGGCAGCGCUAAGUCAGGUGUCAGGUUCUGUGGAUACAGUGGUCAACUUGGCCUCAACAACAAGAGAUGAUGCUAUAGCACAAGCUAAGCAGCAGGCAUGUGAUUUGGCAAUACAAGCUGGGGCUGAGACAGACACUAUUCAGAUUUGUGAAGUUGAUGAAAUAGGAUUAGCUUAUCUUCCUGGGAAUGCAACUCGGAUUAAAGUAAAAGCCAUUGGAAACUUACGAGCCAAUAAUAAUCCUUCGAUUGCUCAACAUAAACUGGCGUCACUGGCUGAUCAAAAAUCAGACUCCAAUGAUAGAACAAAGGAUGAGUCGGGUGGUGACAUCCCAGCAACUCAACAGUCAUAUGAUGAACUAUUAAACCCAACCAUUGAACACACCAAUAUAUUGGAAUAUUCUCCAAGAAUAAACCCUGCAGGAGAAUGGGUUUUGAGUGAACUGGAUGUAGAAUGCAUAUGCAUUGGAGCAGGGAUUCUGGGCUGUGGUGGAGGGGGAAAUCCACACAUGGGGAAACUAAGGAGUUUGAAAGCGCUCAAAGAUGGUAAAACUAUACGUGUGAUAUCUCCGGAGAGAUGUGCCAGUCUAAUGACUGAUAAGAGUCUAGUGACAACCGUUGCUUUUAUGGGAGCACCUGCAAUAAUCAUUGAGAAACUGGUGCAGGGUGGGGAAACAUGUGCUUCAAUAUCUGCCAUGUUGGAUGUCUACAACAAAGGAGCAAGAUGUCCAGAGGCAGACAUAAAAUCAAAUGAAACUGGUGUACGAUACAUAGAUGAUUAUAA